GCCGUUAGCCUCUGGUGUUGGACGUGCCACCCACCACAGCCAGGAGACUUUCGACGCGGCACCAAGCGUCGAGGUACUUGCUAGACAGAGUUACAGAUUGGACUAGACUGGACGCUGGACCGGACUAGGUGGAUGGAUACAAUCGGGCACGGAUUCCAGCUAGCACCCCGUAUCGUAGACGCGUCGGGACUUCUGUACCGGUGCCAUGUUCACUCUCGCUCGGUCCACUCUCAGUCUCUCACUCCGUACAGUACACACACUAAUCUACCCCCUGGCCCAUCCCAUCUGAGACUGGCUGGUGGUCGAGAUGAUCCGGCACGUACCCGUUAUGUAGCAACCCUAGCCCCCAGCAAUGGUAGCGAAGAGGCUCGGGGGCCAUCUCGUCGCCUGCCUGUUGCCAUUGGAAAGGGAGCAAUUCGGUAGCGAUUCGAUAUCCAAUUCGUCUUGCAAAGUGCUGUUUAGCUGCGUGCGCGGUGA